UUAAAAAUUAAUCAUUACUGUUUUUCUUAUGUUAAUAACUAUGUUUAAUUUAGAAACAUUUCUAUCCUUUAAUUUUCCUGUGAAUUGUCAAUAUAGACUUAAUAAAGUGGUAAAUUGUGUUAUUAUUAAUCCAGCUGACUUUGAUAUAUUGCCCAAAAUAAAUGUUAAAACCUCUAUAAAAAUUUAGAGGUUGCAUCAUCAUAUGGUGAUUCCUUUGUCCCAAUAAUAGGAUAAUCAUGUUUUCUAAGCGUAAGCUCGCUUUCCAAAAAAUCAGAAAUAUACGGAAAUUUAAUACAGUGAGUACUCAAAUAUAUAAACCAAGAGUUUUAGAUCUACCACAGAAAUAUAAAAGCCCUUAUGUAUCACUCCUUGGCAAAUAUGAAAUGUCGAGGCCGACUGAGCAGACGGAAAAAAUCGAAACGGUUUUCAGAGCUGUUGGCAACGCCCUGGGGUUUAAAGUCAACCAACGGACCAAAAGUGACGAGUUUGAAGCGAUCCAAAGGAAAGAGGAUUUGACACAGUCUUACACGAACAAUCUCAGGAUGCAUCUUGUACAGAAAGCAAUUAAAACAACAAGCGCUUAUGAUGGUGACGGGUCUUAUACUGCAACUAUUCUUGCCGCUGCGAUGACCAGUCUUGUGAUCAAAUCGCUAGAAGAAGGUAGCGACCCAAAGGCGCUCAAGAAGGGCAUCAGCUACGGGGUUGAAAUUGCCUGCAAGUACUUGAACGAAGUAUCGUCCCCGAUCGUCGUGCCGAACGAGUUGGAUCAGAUCACCAAGACUGUCACCAACGGGGACAUCCCGCUUGCAGAAGCAGUGACAGAUGCUUUUGUUGAAGUCGGGCGGGACGGAUGGAUCGAGGUGGAGGAGAGCAAAACAGGCUUUGACCACCUAGAGAAAAUCAAAGGAAUUAAAAUUGACAGUGGAUAUGUCUCACCAGUGUUUAAUAAUGAUGGAAAUAAAGUUUUGUAUCAUGAAAUUUACGUGCUGUUAAGUGAAGAUGUUUUAUCGACAAAAAAAUGCAUUCUGCCAGCUGUGACUGCUGCCACAAAAGAACGAUAUCCUCUCCUGAUUCUUGCUAAAGGUUUUGACGACGAGGCAUUGCAGACACUCAUAAAAUGCAGGCAACAAGAUAAGAUGCGUAUUUGUGCUGUCAAGACCCCUGAUUUGGACGAAUUUGGAAAAAGGUUGUUACUUGAUGUGGCAAUCUCCUGUGAAGCAACAGUGUUUAGUGACCAGUCAUUAAAAAUGCUAGAAGAAAUCAGGCCGAAGCAGCAUUUCGGCCUAGCUUGGAGUGCUGAUAUAACAAAAAACCGGACCAUUAUUACAAGCAAAGCUUCAGUUAGAACAAAUAAUGGCAGAAUUAGGAGGAAGAUCAGAGACUUGAAGUCUAAAAUAAUGCUUGAGGAAAAUCCGCAAGAAAAAGAGUAUUUAAGAGAACGUCUGGCAAGAUUUGUGCAGAGGAUGGCGGUAGUUAAAGUCGGAGGGAAAAAUGAAGAGGAAAUAAAAGAAAGGUGCAAGAUUGCCAGAAAAGCGAUCAGUUCUCUCAGGGCGGCCUUGGAAGAAGGAGCAGUACCGGGUGGCGGCUGUGCCCUCGUAAAGUGCCUCGGCUUCCCGCAGUUCACCAGGAUCACAGACGAUUUUCACAAAGGGCUGGAUAUCGUAAGCAGGUCGUUGUGGGUCCCUUGCAUGGUGAUCGCGAAAAACGCCGGCCUCAACCCGACUGAACUGGCCUUCAGGGUGUACGAGCUGAGUGCAGAUGUAGGCUUUGAUAUGUGUACCAAAAGAUUUGUCAAUAUGUUUCACGAGGGUAUAUUGGAUCCGACUAGGGUUCUAACUUCUGGUCUUGCGUUUGCUGCUGAUGUUACAAAGAGUCUUACCAAUGAAUUUCUAGCAAAGCAAUCCGAACAGAAAAACUAAUCUUAAUAAUUAAAAAAUAAAAACUUAAUAAAGGCUGAAAAUAAUUUUUUAA